CCUUCAUCUCCCAACAUGCUCGCCCGCAACUUCCCCAUCGCCCUCCUCUGCGCUCUGGUCGUGCUCUUGGCCCGCACCGCUGUCGCUGUCGACCCUCGCGGCUGCCAGGACUGCCCGCUGGGCUACGUCUGCAUCGACAACAAGUGUGUGCUCGUCCCCGAAGGCGGCACCUCUUUGCUUUCCUCGGCAGUAACUGCGAAGACCCGCCCGGCCUCGUCGUCCUCCUCCUCCUCGAUUGCACCGAGCCUGACCUCGGCUCCAUCGAGCACUCCCACCGUCGUCUCUUCAACCUCCGUCGCCGCAAGUCCGUCGUCCAGCCCCAAGUCCUCCGCUUCAUCCCACAGCCAGUCCGUUGUCAAGGCUCUGGGUCUUUCUCUGGCUGUUGGGCUUGCUGGCCUCGUCCUUGGACUCUUUUAACUCAGAACGCCAUCCGAUUCUGGCCACGGACAGCUGCUCAGCUCGGCCUCGCUUGUCUUGGUUUAUCCCAGCCCUAUAUUCUUGCAGCCUGUCAUCCGCUCUGACGUCGACAGGGCAGACCGUGCCGAAGCAACAUUUAGCACGAUAUCAUCUGCUGACUGUGUGAACGGCAGGUCCCGCACGGACGAUGGUGUCAGAGAUUUUGACAGGGUCCUUGCUAUUGAUUGUGUCAGUGUCUAUGAUGUCGAGAGUGUUGCUGGUAUUGGCUUGGUGUGUGCCGUUCUCCCCAUCGCCAGCGAUUUCGCCAGUGAUUUUGUGAUUCUAUGAGACAAUAAACCCGUGCUAGCACCGCAA